AUGUUUUGCUGUCUCUUUCUUUUUUGUGCAAAAAAAAACAUUAAAUUCUAUUUAGAUUUAAAACAAUCUUAUUGUCGAGAUCUUCGUGAUUGUCAAACUUAUUUUCCUUGUGCAGUUUUUUCCAGUGGUUUUAGUUAUUUAUAUGUUAUUAAACGUUGUCCAAAUGAACAAAUUUUUGAUGAAGCAAAACAGAAAUGUAUUAAAAAUACAUUUACUGAUCCUGCAUGUUUGAAACCAACUGCUGUUGGAAAAUCUCGAUUAACUACAAUACGUCCUUCUAAUCUUAAACAAAUAAAACGAAAUAAUGAUACUAUACGUCGAAAUAUAAAAGUACCACUUCGUGCACCAUCGUUAAAUGUUUUAAAACGAAAAAAUUUUGAUAUUAAUCAAAUAGAAGAAAGAAAUUUACAUGAAGAAAAAUCUGAACAAUUAGUAACAGAAUCUCCACAAAUUCAAAUAAAGCAAAUUAAUGAUAAUACAAAAAUACAUCGUGUAUGUUAUAUUACCAAUUGGUCACGAUAUCGAACUGGUGAAGCUAAAUUUGAAAUUGAAUAUAUUGAUCCAUUUAUGUGUUCACAUAUUAUUUAUGCUUAUGCAACUGUUGAUGAUCAUAAACCAGAAAUUAAACCUAUACAAAAAGAAGAUAUUGAACAUUAUCGAGAACUAGCUUUAUUGAAAAAAACUAAUCCAGAUUUAAAACUUUCAAUUCGAUUAGGUGGAAAAAGUACUCAAUAUAGUCGGUAUCUUAAAUCAUCAAAAACGGCUGCACAAUUAGUUCGAAGUCUUAUUUGGUAUAUGGCAUCGUAUGGUUUUGAUGGAGUUGAUAUAGCUUUUGAAUUUCCUGAUGAAGAAGUUCCUGAAGAUAAAAUCGCAUUAACUACAUUACUUGAAGAAAUUUCAAAACAAAAACGAUUAAUGACACGUACAAUAGUUACAUUAACAGCAGCACCAUUUGUUGAUCAUCUUCUCAAGGUAUACGAAGUUCAAAAAAUUGAAAAAUUAGUUAAUUAUAUCAAUCUAAUGACGUUUGAUUUUUAUGGUCCAUGGGAUGACAAAACAGGUGCGUUUGCUCCAUUAUAUCAUCAAUCAUAUCAAGUUGAAUCAGAAUCACUUCGUAAUGUAGAUGGUCUUGUUAAAUUAUGGUUAAGUCUUGGUGUACCAAGACAAAAAAUUCUUAUUGGUAUUCCAGCUUAUGGUCGUUCAUUUACAUUAGCUAGUAGACAAAAAGGUCUUCAUGCACCUGUGAUUGGUCCAGGUUUUCCUGGUCGAUAUACAAAAACUCGAGGUUUUCUUUCUUAUUAUGAGAUAUGUGAGAAAGAACAUUCUAAAAGUUGGCAAAAAGUGUGGUUAGAUACUGAGAAAGCUUGGUACAUGACGAGUGGUGAUCAAUGGAUUAGUUACGAAGAUGUGGAUUCAGCAACAAUAAAAGCUCAAUAUGCGAAAGCAGAACAAUUAGCUGGAGUAUUCAUAUGGAGUAUUGAUAAUGAUGAAUUUUCUGGUUUCUUUUGUAACACAGAACCAUUUCCAAUUACUCGCCAAGUCUUUGCUACUCUCAAUCUACCUGUACCAAUUACUAGUGCACCAGCAAUUGCUAUUCAACCACGUCUACCAGCUGCUCCUGCUGCUAAUCCACCUAUUCACUUUGUUAAUGUUCAAUCUCAACCAUCUCCUUCAUCAUCAAUGUUACCUCUACAUUUACAAAAAUUAUUAAAUGCUCUUAGUGUUUUAUCAGGUACAACAAGUUAUACACCUAUAAUUGAAGCUACACCACCACCCCCACCAUCACCAAUAGCACACCAAACAUAUAAUGCUGAAUAUAUAUGUAGUCGUCAUCGUAUGGGACGUAAUGGAAUUCAUCGUGAUCGUACAAAUUGUUCAAUAUUUUAUUUUUGUGAAGGUGAUGAUUUAGCAUCAUUAAGAUAUCAUAUAUUUUUUUGUCCACCUGGACUUGAAUUUUCAAUGGAUGGUUGUACAUGUGAUUGGCCAACUGGUCGUUCAUGUCCAACAGGUGGUGAUACAUUUUGUGUUACACAUUCGAUUGUAACAACAACAACAACAACGACGACGACAACAACAACAACAAUUGCACCAUAUAUUCCACAAUCAGCAAUGAAUACAUUAAAUAGCUUAGGUCAAUUAUUAGGCAUAUCAGGUGGUACAACAUCAGCAUUUGAUUGUGCUGGUCGACGAUCUGGUCUUUAUCGAGAUAUGUAUGAUUGUACAAUAUUUUAUUUUUGUACAACAAAUGAUCAAACAUCACAUGGAACAUUAUUACGUUAUGAUUUUAUUUGUCCAGCUAAUUAUGCAUUUAGUAUGCUAACAUGCCGAUGUGAACGUGGACAAACACAUGAAUGUCGUACACUGACAAAAACUGAUUGUCUUCUUUUGUAA